AUGACAACCGGCAACCCUCCAACAACCACCCCCGAGCCGCCUACUCCCAACCCUCCGGGGGCGGGCACCCAGACCAUCACCACUACUCGAACUGAUACCAUCACCCGCACCACGUUUGUUCCUUGUUCUACUCCCGUUGCAACCAUCCCGGGCUACACCUGGUACAGCACCUGGCUCACCGCUUCCACCUAUACCACAACCACUUGCUAUCCAGUUACUGAAACCCAUGCCACCCCGGAGCCUACCCCAACGCAGCCUUCCCAGACCUGCAACGGUGAUAACUGCGGAGCAUACACCUGCCCACCACCGGCCACAGUCACCGUCACCGUCACCGUCACUGAAUGUCGCGGAGACGGCUGCGAAGCCCCACCUGUCACGCCUCCGCCAGCUGAGCCUACUCCUCCGCCACAUCAUUGCCCUGGCUGCCAGACCUAUACCAUCACCGAUAUCCACGAGGGAACAAGUACCAUUGUCGUUCCACCCCAGACUCUUCCUCCCGGUCAGUGCGGCAAAUGCCAAACCAUCACCAUCACCGAUAUCCACGAGGGAACCAAGACGAUCACCAUUCCCCCGGAGACGACUAUUUCUACAAAGACUCCACCCCCAACUUCCAACCCACCACCACCCGGUACCGGAACCGGUGGUCCCAAGCCAUCCGGCCCAGACACUACAUACACACCCCCAACUCUGACCUCCCAACAGCCCACUGGAACUGGCUCUCCCCAUCGUCGAUGGUGGAACUAAGUGAGCACUGGUAUGACAUGAACCCUU